AUGUCAGAGGUCACAGCAGUUUCCCAGCUUCUGGGGCUUUCUAUUCAAGGUGCCACUGCCAAACACGCCGAGCAACAGUUGCGUCAGCUGGAAUCGCAGCCUGGGUUUGCCCUCACGCUACUGAAGAUAGUGGCUGAUCCGUCGGCAGACAAGAGCACGCGACUCGCAGGAUCUCUUUUCUUCAAAAAUUUUAUUAAGAACAAGUGGAUUGACGAAAACGGAAACUAUCUUAUAAGUGGUGAUGAUGUCAGGCUAAUCAAGGCUGAGAUUGUUGGACUCAUGAUCCAACUCCCGGACUCUUUGCAGGUGCAAAUAGGAGAGGCCGUUUCGCUCAUUGCCGAGUCUGAGUUCCCCAACUUGUGGCCUGAGCUCAUUGACGAGCUUUUGGCUAAGCUUAGUCCCGAGGAUAUGGUUACUAACAAGGGUGUUCUAAAGGUUGCCCAUUCCAUCUUUAAGAGAUGGAGACCGUUGUUUCGUUCGGAUGAACUUUUCACCGAAAUCAAGUUUGUGCUGGACAAGUUUUCGGAUUCAUUCCUGGCUUUGCUCAAGCAAGUGGAUCACAUGAUAUCCACUCAUUCUGGAGAUCAGAAGGCCCUCAAGGUGCUGUUUGACAACAUGUUGCUUCUGGUCAAGAUCUACUACGACUUGAAUUGUCAGGAUAUUCCCGAGUUUUUCGAAGACCACAUGGAAGAAGGUAUGGCCAUAAUGCACAAGUAUCUGGAAUACAGCAAUUCCGCUUUGCAGGAUACGGAUGAGACCGAAGUGGACAUCAUCACGUUGGUGAAGACCACCAUCUGUGAGUUGGUUCAGCUGUACUCCACGAGAUAUGGCGAAGUGUUUGAUCCGCUGGUUCCUCAAUUCACGCAGACGAUCUGGAAUCUCCUUACAGGCACUGGUUUGGAGCAAAAAUACGACACACUGGUUUCCAAAGCCCUCACCUUCAUGACUGCUAUAGCCUCUGUGGAGACAAGAGCCACUGUGUUCCACUCUCCUGAGGCUUUGAAGGAGAUCACAGAGAAUAUCAUCCUCCCAAACAUUACGCUGAGGGAGUCUGAUGAAGAGCUUUUUGAAGAUGAUCCAAUUGAGUACACUAGACGUGAUCUAGAUGGAUCUGACUCCGAUACCCGUAGAAGGGCUGCUGUUGAUUUCCUGAGGGCUCUGAAAGAAACUAACGAGAAAACGGUUACCUCGGUCAUGAUGGGGUACAUUGAUCACUAUCUUGAGGCUUUCCGUGCCGAUCCUUCAAACUGGAGGGCCAAGGACAUUUCACUGUAUCUGUUUGGUGCGGUGGCUACCAAGGGUCUGGUGACAACAUCAGGAGUCUCUUCUGUCAACUUGUUGGUUGACGUUGUUCAGUUCUUCACGCAUAACGUAGCUCCCGAUCUUGUGAGCAACGUUGUUCAUCCGAUUCUCAAGGUCGAUGCCAUCAAGUUCGUCUACACCUUCAGAAACCAGCUGACCAAGGCCCAGUUGAUUGAGGCUUUCCCUCUACUAUCUGCUCACUUUCAAAGCAACGAUUACGUUGUAUACACAUACACUGCCAUCACGAUCGAGAAGAUUCUGAGCUUGCGAAACAAUAAGACCUAUCUUUUCACCAAGACAGAUAUCAACCCAGCCAUUUCGCACGACUUGCUAACCAGUCUUUUUAGACUCAUCUUCAAGAAGAGCGAUACGCCUGAGAAGCUUGCUGAGAACGAGUUCCUGAUGAAGUGUGUGAUGAGGGUCAUACUUACAGCCGAGGAAACCAUUGCCGAGUUUUCGCUGCAGUUGAUCAGCCAGUUGCUUCAAAUCGUUGAGGUGAUCUCCAAGAACCCAUCGAACCCUCGUUUCAGUCAUUACACAUUCGAGUCCAUUGCCGGACUGAUCAAGUUCAACUCUGCAGGCCAUGUCAAGGAGUUCAUUGAGAUCACUCUCCCAUACUCAUUGGCCAUCUUGUCGCAAGAGGUCAAUGAGUUCAUCCCAUAUUCUUUCCAAAUACUGGCAUAUCUGCUGGAAAUCUACCCCAGAUCAAACGCUAUACCUGAUACUUACGUCCAGUUGAUCAAACCGUUAGUUUCUCCAACGGUUUGGGAAUUCCGCGGUAACAUCCCGGCCAUUACCAGAUUGCUGCAGGCUAUUUUAGUGCAAUCUCCAUCCAGUUUUGCUGGAAACCUGACUCCAAUUCUGGGAGUUUUCCAGAAGCUCAUUUCUUCAAAGGUUUAUGACAAUUAUGGGUUUGAGUUUUUGGAAACCAUUUUGUUCCACGUUCCAUUGGACCAGCUCAAACCGUACAUUGGUGAGAUUGCCAUGAUAUUGCUACAACGUUUGCAAGUUUCUAGAACCGAGAAGUACGUGAAGAGAUUUACCAUCUUCCUAUCGCUAUUGAGUUCCAUGAACAGCAAUACAGACAGCUCUAUCUGUGUCAACCCCAUCAACUCUGUAUUUGCCAUUGAUCUGAUUGACCAGGUUCAGAACGGUAUUUUCGAGCAAAUACUGAACAACUUUGUGAUCCCGUCGUCAACCAAGUUCAACAACCUGUUGGACAGAAAAAUUUUGAUCCUGGGUUUAGUGAACAUGAUCUGUGAAUCUGCCCAGUUCACACCACAGGGCAAAUACUUUGGCAAGUUUGCCCCAAUUCUUGAAAACCUUCUCAAGCUAAUAGUUAGUGACUCCAUCAAGGGAUACGACAAUGACGACACUGUGCUUUUGGAAGCCGAUUUAGAGGAGGUCUCGUUUGGCUCCAGUUUCAGCAAGCUGAACAUCAUAUCCCCAAGACCGUACGAUCCAGCUCCAAAGAUCACCACCAAAGAGUUGAUGGUGCAUGCCUUCAAGUCCAAGUUGGCCAAGUUCAAUGCCGAAACCGGAGCUUUGAACUCUGCGGUUGCCCAAAUGAGUCCAGAAGCCCAGUCUGCGUUCCUGGAUCUUUCCGUCUAG